GUUGUGCUGUUAUAUUAAAUAAACAUGUAUUCUUUUUUUUUUUUUGAAAGGAUAUGUCCUGGAUGCCCCUAAGAUGUCCCUAUUUUUUGCUGUAAUGUCUAAUGAAUGCUGAAUACAGAUAAAAUGAUUUUAGGCGAUUGAUUGAUUGAUUGGGUGAUUGUUUUGAGAAAGUGGGCAAUAGUUUCGAGAAAUGUAUUUGAGCAAUUGUGAAAAACUUUACUUAAGGGCGUGGGAGGAACAUGUCAUGAUGUCAUAGGUUGUGGGCGGGGUUACAUCUAUUUAAAAGACCUCAUGGGUCCCUACAAAAAAGUUGGAGGUGAUUCAAUGUCAGAAUCCUAACAGUAGAUAUUGAUGAUGAGGAUGAAUCUGCUCGCUCUGCUUCUCACACUCUUACCAGGAGUACUUUCAGAAUACAGAUCUCGCUUUUCACGUUAUCGAUCAUGGAAUUCACAAAUGUAUCCUGUCUGGAGAGAUGGAGAUCCCAGAUACAGAGACUGUUGGACGGGUGGAGAGGUGACUUUUGAGUUGAGAAGUGAUUCUCCAACACUGACCGGAGCAAAAACUACCUUCAACAUUGAUGUUCAUUUCCCCCAAAAUCAGACGGCACUUCCUGAUGGACAAGUGGUGUGGGCAAGAAACUGUACAAUUAAUGGAACAGCGUAUACUAUGGGUCAGGCUGUGUACCCCGAGUCCAAUCUCCCUCAAGAAUGGACUGGUGUCUUUCCUGAUGGUACACCAUUCACAAAGAUCUCCAACAAAAAGCCCAGAUUCAUUUAUGUGUGGAAGACAUGGGGUAAAUAUUGGCAGGUGGCUGACGGUCCUUCAUCUCUACUGACCAUCGAGACAGACAGACAGCCUCUUGGCUCUUAUAAGAUGGAGGUUGUUAUUUAUCAUUGCCGGGGCAAAGACAAGUUCAUUCCUCUUGGUUAUGCAUCUGCUCAGUUUUCUAUUACUGACCAGAUUCCUUUCGCAGUGACAUUGUCUCAGGUUGGUGAUGUCACACAGGGUGACCAAACCUUUAUCCAGAAUACAGCCGUGUCUUUUAGCGUCAACCUGCACGACCCCAGCCGUUACCUCAGUGGAUCAGACGUCACCUUCAACUGGGACUUUGGAGACAACAGUGGCACUCUUAUAUCCCGUGAAACUACAGUCACCCAUACAUACAUCUCAUCUGGUUCCUUCAGACCACAGGUCAUUCUCAUGGCAGCCAUCUUAACUGACUGUACACCAAACCCAAGCACAGCGCCCGCCGUUGUUACACCUGCUCCAGCCACAGGUGUUCCACCAUCCACCUCUGUUUCCCCAGAUGAAGAUGCUGGAGUGGCGAGCACUGAUGAAGAUGCUGGAGUGGCGAGCACUGAUGGUCCUGUGCUCAUAACAGAUGGAUCAGCUGAUGACACCAAUGAGUUAGCAGUGGCACCUGUCACAGAUGCAGAUGAAGCUCAAGCUGUGAUAAUCACACCUGAACCUGUUUCUGACGUUUCCGGUUCAGUAUCUGCUGGAGAAGAUGAAGAGGUUAUAGUCAGUGUGUCUGCUACUCUUCUCCCUGAAUCUUCUACUGAUGUUGUGCAAACAGUGGCACCUAUAAAUGUCCUCAGCACUGAACCAGCACCUGCUGAUGAUGAUGAUGAUGUGGUGUCGGUGGUUCCUGCUUUAGACGACACAGAAGUCAAUGAAACAACUGAAGUCACUGCUGAUAGCGUGUCUGAAGCUACAGUAAAUGAGAUAGCAGCUGAUCUGGAGGCUGUAACUGAAGCCACACAGGCCACACUUAUCAUUGCAAAGCGUCAAGCGCCAGAAAUGCCAGCGGACACAUGUUUCCUUUAUCGCUACGGCUCAUUCUCCACAAAUAUCGAUGUUGUCCAGGGAAUAGAAAGUGUUGAGAUUGUGGAGGUGAAUAAUGUGAUUGUCACAGAAUUGGAGCAGAAUGCUGUGGAUCUCACAGUCACAUGUCAGGGAAGUCUGCCGAAUGAAGUCUGUAUGGUUAUAUCUGAUGCUGACUGUAUCAGUCCUGUACAGACUCUGUGUAAUUCUGUCACUCCAAGCCCUGACUGUCUAAUGGUGUUACGCCAGUUCUUUAAUGAUUCUGGCACUUUCUGUAUUAAUGUAUCUCUGACCAAUGAUGUUAGCUUGGCUGUAACCAGUGCAAGGAUCAAUGUUAAUAUAGAUACAAAUUCAUCCAGGAGUAGUGCUGGAGCGGCACUGGGAGUCCUGGUUUUUAUUUGUGCUAUGGGAACCAUCGCAUUUUUUACAUACAAGCGUUCUAAAGGCUAUCAUCCACUGAUUGAGGAUUAUACAGAUAGCAGUUUGGGUUCUGAAAGGAUCUCGAUGCCGUUAAUACUCUGGAACUUUCUGAACAGAUCGCCUGCUGGAGAGAGUCGGCCGCUACUUCAGGGACGAGUGGUGUGAGCAUUUGCAUCCAGGUGGAUGCUGCACAUUGGUUGAUUCCCCCUUUCAUAUGUAAAGCGCUUUGAGUGCUGCAGAAAAGCGCCAUAUAAAUGUAAUGAAUUAUUAUGCAUCAAAACAACCUUCAAACAGAAGAAAGACCUAACGUAUAACAUUCUUCAUAUUUAUCUCAAUGGAGUUAUUAUUAUUUGUGUAACAUAACCAGAGAUUACUCUGUAUGUGUGAUGUUUUCUGUCAUGAGGUGUAAUAUUCUGAUCAUUACGCUUUAAUAAAAUGGAGUAUUGUGACUA